AGUCGCCUUGAGGGAGUCAGCCAAAACUGGGCUUGGGAACAGGAAGGCUUUCCCUGUUUAUUUGGAUUCUCAGGGUAGUCAAUUUUGCCACCUCUUGGCUUUCAGCUGCUUUGGAGAUUGGUUUCAUAGCAAGGAUUCUUUCCUUAAAGUGAUAUGGAGCAACUAUUUUCACAGGGGCACCAGCCCCUUUGCUUUUACUCUGUCCUAAGUUAACAUGUCACUGAAAACCGAGUCACGGGUAAAUACCUCUGCACUGCAGAAAAUUGCUGCUGACAUGAGUAAUAUCAUAGAAAAUCUGGACACGCGGGAACUCCACUUUGAGGGAGAGGAGGUAGAAUACGACGUGUCUCCCAGCGAUGCCAAGAUACAGGAAGUGUAUAUUCCUUUCUCUGCUGUUUAUAACACUCAAGGAUUUAAGGAGCCUAAUAUACAGACGUAUCUCUCUGGCUGUCCAAUAAAAGCACAAGUUUUGGAAGUGGAACGCUUCACAUCUACAACAAGGGUACCAAGUAUUAAUCUUUACACUAUUGAAUUAACACAUGGGGAAUUUAAAUGGCAAGUUAAGAGGAAAUUCAAGCACUUUCAAGAAUUUCACAGAGAGCUGCUCAAGUACAAAGCCUUUAUCCGAAUCCCCAUUCCCACCAGAAGACACACAUUUAGGAGGCAAAACGUGAGAGAGGAGCCUCGAGAGAUGCCCAGUUUGCCCCGUUCAUCUGAAAACAUGAUAAGAGAAGAACAAUUCCUUGGUAGAAGAAAACAACUGGAAGAUUACUUGACAAAGAUACUAAAAAUGCCCAUGUAUCGAAACUAUCAUGCCACAACAGAGUUUCUUGAUAUAAGCCAGCUAUCUUUCAUCCAUGAUUUGGGACCAAAGGGCAUAGAAGGUAUGAUAAUGAAAAGAUCUGGAGGACACAGAAUACCAGGCUUGAAUUGCUGUGGUCAGGGAAGAGCCUGCUACAGAUGGUCAAAAAGAUGGUUAAUAGUGAAAGAUUCCUUUUUACUGUAUAUGAAACCAGACAGCGGUGCCAUUGCCUUCGUCCUGCUGGUAGACAAAGAAUUCAAAAUUAAGGUGGGGAAGAAGGAGACAGAAACGAAAUAUGGAAUCCGAAUUGAUAAUCUUUCAAGGACACUUAUUUUAAAAUGCAACAGCUAUAGACAUGCUCGCUGGUGGGGAGGGGCUAUAGAAGAAUUCAUCCAGAAACAUGGCACCAACUUUCUCAAAGAUCAUCGAUUUGGGUCAUAUGCUGCUAUCCAAGAGAAUGCUUUAGCUAAAUGGUAUGUUAAUGCCAAAGGAUAUUUUGAAGAUGUGGCAAAUGCAAUGGAAGAGGCAAAUGAAGAGAUUUUUAUCACAGAUUGGUGGCUGAGUCCAGAAAUCUUCCUGAAACGCCCGGUGGUUGAGGGAAAUCGUUGGAGGUUGGACUGCAUUCUUAAACGAAAAGCACAACAAGGGGUGAGGAUCUUCAUAAUGCUCUACAAAGAGGUGGAACUCGCUCUUGGCAUCAAUAGUGAAUACACCAAGAGGACGUUGAUGCGUCUACACCCCAACAUAAAGGUGAUGAGACAUCCGGAUCAUGUGUCGUCCACCGUCUAUUUGUGGGCUCACCAUGAGAAGCUUGUCAUCAUUGACCAAUCGGUGGCCUUUGUAGGAGGGAUUGACCUGGCCUAUGGAAGGUGGGAUGACAAUGAGCACAGACUCACAGAUGUGGGCAGCGUGAAGCGAGUCACUUCAGGACCAUCUCUGAGUUCCCUCCCACCUGCCACAACAGAGUCUAUGGAAUCCUUAAGCCUCAAAGAUAAAAAUGAGCCUGAUCAAAACCUGCCCGUCCGGAAUAGUGUUGAUGAUGUGGAUUCAAAACUGAAAGGAACAGGAAAGCCAAGAAAGUUCUCCAAAUUUAGUCUCUACAGGCAGCUCCACAGGCACCACCUGCACAACGCAGAUAGCAUCAGCAGCAUUGACAGCACCUUCAGUUGUUUUAAUCACUAUAGAAGUCAUCACAAUUUAAUCCAUGGUUUAAAACCCCACUUCAAACUCUUUCGCCCAUCCAGUGAGUCUGAGCAAGGACUCACUAGACCUAAUGCUGAUACCGGGUCCAUCCGCAGUUUACAGACAGGUGUAGGAGAGUUGCAUGGGGAAACCAGAUUCUGGCAUGGAAAGGACUACUGCAAUUUCGUCUUCAAAGACUGGGUUCAACUUGAUAAACCUUUUGCUGAUUUCAUUGACAGGUACUCCAUGCCCCGGAUGCCCUGGCAUGACAUUGCCUCUGCAGUCCACGGGAAGGCAGCUCGUGAUGUGGCACGUCACUUCAUACAGCGCUGGAACUUCACGAAAAUUAUGAAAUCAAAAUAUCGGUCCCUUUCUUAUCCUUUUCUGCUUCCAAAGUCUCAAACAACAGCCCAUGAGUUGAGAUAUCAAGUACCUGGGUCUGUCCAUGCUAACGUACAGUUGCUCCGCUCUGCUGCCGAUUGGUCUGCUGGUAUAAAGUACCAUGAAGAGUCCAUCCAUGCCGCUUACGUCCAUGUGAUAGAGAACAGCAGGCACUAUAUCUAUAUCGAAAACCAGUUUUUCAUAAGCUGUGCUGAUGACAAAGUUGUGUUCAACAAGAUAGGCGAUGCCAUUGCCCAGAGGAUCCUGAAAGCUCACAGGGAAAACCAGAAAUACCGGGUAUAUGUCGUGAUACCGCUUCUGCCAGGGUUCGAAGGAGACAUUUCAACCGGCGGAGGAAAUGCUCUACAGGCAAUCAUGCACUUCAACUACAGAACCAUGUGCAGAGGAGAAAAUUCCAUCCUUGGACAGUUAAAAGCAGAGCUUGGCAAUCAGUGGAUAAAUUACAUAUCAUUCUGUGGUCUUAGAACACAUGCAGAGCUCGAAGGAAACCUAGUCACCGAGCUUAUCUAUGUCCACAGCAAGUUGUUAAUUGCUGAUGAUAACACUGUUAUUAUUGGCUCUGCCAACAUAAAUGACCGGAGUAUGCUGGGAAAGCGUGACAGUGAAAUGGCUGUCAUUGUGCAAGAUACAGAAACGGUUCCUUCAGUAAUGGGUGGAGAAAAGUACCAAGCUGGCCGGUUUGCCCAAGGACUUCGGCUACAGUGCUUUAGGGUCGUCCUUGGCUAUCUUGAUGACCCAAGUGAGGACAUUCAGGAUCCAGUGAGUGACAAAUUCUUCAAGGAGGUGUGGGUUUCAACAGCAGCUCGAAAUGCUACAAUUUAUGACAAGGUGUUCCGGUGCCUUCCCAAUGAUGAAGUACACAAUUUAAUUCAGCUGAGAGACUUUAUAAACAAGCCUGUAUUAGCUAAGGAAGAUCCCAUUCGAGCUGAGGAGGAACUGAAGAAGAUCCGUGGAUUUUUGGUGCAAUUCCCCUUUUAUUUCUUGUCUGAAGAAAGCCUACUGCCUUCUGUUGGAACCAAAGAGGCCAUAGUGCCCAUGGAGGUUUGGACUUAAGAGAUAUUCAUUGGUACAUCAAGGACUUCUACCCUGAAGACCACACUGCACACAGUGACUUCCUGGAGGUGUCAUAGCCAAAGCCAGGCCCGAUGCAUUCUCGUAUCCAACCCAAGGACCUUUUGGAAUGACUGGGGAGGGCUGCAGUCAUACUGAUGUAAGGACUCUGAACGUCACCAAGGCUUCAUAAUUCCUUCUGCCUAACCUUGUAAAAAGGGGGCUGCAUUCUUGUUGGUUGCAUGUACUCCGUUGAGUAUAUACAUA